AUGGUUGUCCAAACUAUCUACAUCUUUACAAGUACUGAGCACAGCAGCAGCAUGCAGGGUGCUGGGUGCCGCGUGACGUGCCGAGCUGCUGCAGUCGGCGUCCUCGGUCUCCUGUGGGUCGUCACGGCUGUCUUCACCUGCCCGGAGAUAUGUACUUGUAACUCUGUCGGGUCGGUUGACUGUAACGGACGGGGGCUCAAAGACGUUCCCGCGAACAUACCAUUGGAUACAACUGAACUCGAGCUGAGGUCCAACAGCAUACAAAAUCUGUCUGAGGCGGAUUUCUCCAACCUCACAAGCCUGGAGGGGCUUAACCUGGACUACAACGACAUCCGAGUUCUCCCUGCCGGAGUUUUCUCAAGUUUGACCAGUUUGGAAAGGCUUUACAUUGGCGGCAAUAACAUGUCAAGUCUCCGGAAUGGAGUUUUCUCACAUCUCACCCGUCUGAGGUGGCUGAAACUAUCUGAUAAUCAUAUAACUGAUCUCCCGGAUGGAGUAUUCUCACAUCUCACCCGUCUGGAGUGGCUGGAUCUACUUAAUAAUCAUAUAGCUGAUCUCCCGGAUGGAGUAUUCUUACAUCUGACCAGUUUAAUAGGGCUUCUCCUGUCCGACAAUAACAUCUCGAGUCUCCCGGAUGGAGUUUUCUCACAUUUCACCCGUCUGGGGUGGCUGGAUCUAUCCAAUAAUCAUAUAGCUGAUCUCCCGGAUGGAGUAUUCUCAAAUCUAACAAGUUUGAUGCACCUUAGCCUGCCCAACAAUAACAUCUCAAGUCUCCCGGAUGGAGUUUUCUCACAUCUCACCCGUCUGAGUUGGCUGAAUCUAGCUGAUAAUCAUAUAGCUGAUCUCUUGGACGGAGUUUUCUCACAUCUCACCCGUCUGAAUUAUCUGGGUCUAUCUGAUAAUCAUAUAGCUGAUCUCCCGGAUGGAGUAUUCUUAAAUCUGACCAGUUUGACACACCUCCGUCUGUCCAACAACAGCAUCUCGAGUCUUCCUGUAGACAUCAAACAUCUAUCUUCCCUGACAACCCUUACCCUAACAGGGAACCCCUGGAGGUGUGACUGUAGUUUACAGGAUAUAAUGACUUCGCAACGUGUGCGCAGUUCAAUUCGCGAUAACUCAACCUGCAGCUCCCAUCCCCACAUAGAUUUCAACGUGCUGAUCUCUGAUUUGCCAGACAGGGUUUGUAACGGACGCGGGGACUGCAUCACGGGAAAUGACGGGGACACUUGUGUUUGCAACGUCAUCUGGACUGGCCCAUUUUGUGACAAAGGUAAGAUGUCUGUGCGGGUUGAUCCAGACGAGAACGUUGGCAGGAAUGACCAGUGUGGACAGACUUUCCAGCUCAUCCAUGGGCAGACCAGAGAGGUGGAAUGCAACCCACCGAUGUUAGGCCGUUACGUGUCCAUACAGAAUAUGGCCGAAAGGAGCAGUUUGUCACUGUGCGAGCUAAAGGUUUAUGUUUCAGAUAUCUGCUGUGAACAUACAAUAGGACUUCCGAACGGCCAAAUCACUCCUAUCGACGGCGGGUACUGCUUUGGGAACAACAUCCUGUUCUCUUGUAACCCCGGAUACGAGCUCGUCGGUAGGACCAAUGCCACCUGCCAAGAGGACGGAAUAUGGGACCGAGAAAUUCCGACUUGUGAACGUAUCUGCUGUGACAACACAACCAGGAUAAAGAACGGCCAGAUCAGGGUUGAUAAUGACUACUGCGAUGGGAAUUCUAUCCAGUUCUCUUGUGACACUGGAUACGAGCUUGUGGGCAGCUCCUUCGCUUUCUGUCAGGACAAAAAUUGGGACCGGGAGAUUCCGACUUGCCAACGUAUCUGCUGUGACAAUACCACCGACAUCAUGAACGGCCGAGUCAGUGCUACUGACGGUUACUGCUCUGGGAACGACAUCCAGUUCUCUUGUAAUCCUGGGUACGAACUCGUGGGUAGGUCCGAUGCAAUCUGCAAAGAGGACGGCAACUGGGACCCAGAAAUUCCGACUUGUCAACAGGAAAGUCGCAUGUCCACUGAAGCCAUCAUCGGCGGAACCAGUGCCGGUAUCGCCGCAGUGCUGAUUGUGGCAGCUGUCGUCUUCACGGUGUACUUAAGACGUAGGAGGAAGAAAAGAGAGGAAGAAGACUACCAGCAAUCGACUGUUUACUUUGUACCAGAUGAUGUUAUCAUCCACAGGAGGAGAUUGGAGGAGAUGGUCCCGUCGGUUCCACCCCGGCCACAGUUCCCGAAGUUAGAGACCGACCCCGGCAGGGUGACGCUUGGUGAGAAGAUCGGCAGCGGGGCGUUCGGCAUCGUUUACCGGGCAACCCUGACGCGGAACGACCGGACGGAGGAUGUCGUCGUAAAAACUCUAAAAGAACACGCCAGUGAGGAGGACAAGCUGGGUUUCCUGGAGGAAAUCCGUGCAGUUGUGGACCUGGGGGUUCAUAAGAACCUGCUGGGUCUGCUUGGCUGUUGCACGGUGGUGCGAGACCAUCUGUAUCUCAUCACGGAGUUCAUGCCGUACGGAGACCUAAAGAGCUUCUUGAGAAAAUGCCGGGAGCAACAGACCUCUGAUGAACCUGGAGACGAUAUCUACACCUUUGAGGUGAUACAGAUGUAUCAGGUGGCCCGGCAGAUCGCUAAAGGCAUGGAUCACAUCGCCCGGUCUCGUUACGUCCACGGAGACCUGGCCGCUCGGAACGUGCUGGUCGGAAAACGCCUGCAUGUGAAGAUUUCUGACUUCGGGCUGGCAGAAGACAUCUACAGCCGAGGUUACCGUCGGCAGGACCGGCUCCAGAGGGUGCCCUGGAAGUGGAUGGCGCCGGAGCGGCUGGAGGGUGAGAAGGCCUACACCUCACAGAGCGAUGUGUGGUCUUUCGGGAUAGUGCUGUACGAGAUCUGCACGCUAGGGGGCGACCCUUACCCUGACGUGGCAGUAUCCGAGCUGAAAGACCGCCUACAGGCUGGAUUCAGGAUGGACCAACCUGAAGACUGUCCGCGAGCUAUGUACGAUCUGAUGAAGCAGUGUUGGCGCUGGCAGCCCAUCCAGCGGCCGCUCUUCAGCCAGCUGUAUCUAACACUGGACAAGCACCUCGAAUUCUACGGACCCGAGUACUUGGAUACAAAUUAA